CACGAAUGCUCCGCCACGCUGUCGGUCGGGUCGCGACCUCAUCAGUUCUGUCUGCAUCGGCAAAGCGAUCUGCAGUUGUGGUGCAUACGAUUUCAACUGCAGAACAACAAGCCAACUCCAAUCCGUCGCGCAUGGCAUGGAUGGGCAUGGCCAUGGCUGCGUCGGCUGCGGCUAUGGGGAGUGCGCUUUGCGACGCGCCUCCACUGUCCCCGAUUGAUCGCGUUCAGAGUCCAACUGAAAAUCCUUCAGUCCCGUUGGAUCGUGUGCUCAACCGCCAGCUCCAAACACCCGUCGCUGGAGUUCAAAGUUAUUCGGCUGCGUCCUAUAAGGCAAACAACCCGAUCGAGGAUCGAUUUGUUGUGCAUGCUAAAGAUGGAGUUGUGUACGCUGCGGUGCUUGAUGGCCAUGGGGGCUGGCAAGUGUCCCAGUACGCCCACGACCACUUAAUCAAGAACGCCCAAGCCGAAUUGAACAAGUUGCAUGCGAAAUCCACAGCUAACGUACAAGCGGCGCUGCAACAAGCGUUUUUGCGAACAGAUCUCGACAUUCGGGAAAUCGUUCGGCCGGCAUUCAACAUGGGCUUCCACCAAGUCAACCGCGUCGGCGCUUGUUCGCAGCUCGCGUAUUUGAAAGACGACAUGCUCGUGGUUGCGAACGCGGGGGAUUGCCGUGCGGUGCUCGGGUCGGUCGAAAGCGACUCCCUUGUUGCGAUUCCCAUGAGCAACGACCACAAUGCCAAGCUGCCAGUUGAGAUGGCCCGACUGAGCCAGGCCCAUCCGAACGAGCCCAACAUCGUCGUGUGCAAGCACCCCGAAUCGUGCUAUGUCAAAGGCGGCCUCCAGCCGACUCGCGCUUUGGGGGACUUUGCGUUCAAAGAUGCGUCACUCAACGGCCCCGCCGACCCCACGCUUCGCGCUGGUGGCCGCCACAUUGCCGACCCGUACACUCCUCCGUAUGUGCUCGCAUUGCCCGAAACCCUUUCGCACGUGGUCACAGGCGCAGACAAAUUCCUCAUCCUUGGCAGCGAUGGUGUGUGGGACUUUUUGACAAACCAAGAGGCCGUGGAUAUCGUCCAAGCAUGCGUUGCCCGCGGCGAGGCGGACGAGGCCAGCCGCGCCAUUGUCGAAGCAGUCUUGACGAAGGCUGCUCUCGUUGAAAAACUUACUCUGGGCCAACUCCUGGACCUCGCGCCAGGGCGGAAGCGCCGCAGCGUCCACGAUGACACGACUGUCGUCGUCCUGGUCUUUGCUUGAGGUCAACAUCGACUUGGAAGCGAGCCAGGCGACCGAGGGAUGCAAAGACAAGAGGCAUGAAAAUAAAUACGAUUGUUGGUGGUGUCCAUGACGCGGGGGGGUCAUCCACUCGAUGGAACCACGUUCGCCUGCACGGUUGCGAAAAUGGCCACGAUCGUGGCGUUGUCGAGAGGCGGCAACGUCUCUGUGCGGCUCGCGGCAACCGCAGGCAAGGUCACGUGGAUUCGGCCAGUCGCCAUAUCGACACAAAAGAGCUGAGGUUGUUGGCUGGGGUCUUGAGCCACGGUAAACGCUGUCGUCGACGUUUGUGGCAUCGCCAGGGCCACCUCUCCCGCGCUGUCCACAUCGACGUUGACGAGAACCGACGAAGUCAACGCGAUGACGGAUAAGCUCCCAGACGCCGAUGCCACGGGAGUAAAGGACGCCACUCGUUGCGGCAACACUAACGUCCACGUCAUCGGCCAACUGCCCCUUGGACCGUUUUGUUGCAGCAUGUACAGAAAGCCGUCGCUGACGUCUUGAGCAAACACGACAAGGGACCCACUGCGGCUCAUUGCGGCCGCAAUCGAUUGCCACGAUCGCGCACCGGUCGACCCUCCGAUGGUCGUCCACGGUCCGGUCCAUGUCCCGUCGACGUGGAAUGACUUGGUCGCGUGCUUGAGUGUAUUGGUGAUGGCGUCAACGCAAAAGAUCGCCGCUUGGUCGAUCGCGUCAGGAGUCGCUGCGAUGUCGACACAACGGAUAGCGCUAGGUACAGCCCUCCACUCAAACCUGAACAUGCCGUCGUCGCCGACGGUCCAUUCCUUGAGCGCGCUGGACGUGGCGUCGAUAGCAAAGAGCAGCGAUCGAGUCGCCAGAAUUUUGUCCAUGGUGGCAAUGCCAAGCGGCUGCCGUACCGCCCCGCCGCCCUUGAUCGCAUACACCAUGCCUUCCAUGUCGAGCGCGACUGCAUCGCUUGGAGUGGCGCCUGGAAUGAUUUGCUUGACAUUGUCGAUCCAAACGUGCCACUCGGACUCCCACUUGCCGCGAAAGUCGCGGACAAGGCGGCACGCCGUUCGAUUUUCAAAGACGACGUACGCUUCUUGGCUCCCAGGGACGCGCGUCGACUCGGUUGCGACGAGCGCUGUAAAGUGAUUCACGUCCGCGAACGACACAAUCAGGUCCCACGUGCCGUCGACAGUCUUGACGAAUCCACUGGUUUUGCCAGAGCUUUGCGAGAGGAAGAGCUGGUUGAGGCCGCUCAUGUCGGACGUCGUGGCAAACGCUUCUAUCGGGAUCGGAAGCUGCGUGCCAGCAUCAAACGAAUCGGGCGACGACUGCUUUUGCUCUCGGAACGACAUCCCGUCGGACGACGUAAAGUACACGGCAAUGUAGCCCUGCCAGUCGACUUUGACCGCGAUCUGAGAGCUGCUGCCCGACAACAUGUUGGGGUACCAAAAGUCGGCCCACGUCCCGUCCAGGUGCUGGAGCAGCGCCCACAGUUUGUUGGUCACAUCGCGGCCGAUUAGCCCGACUUGGGUUCCUUGAAUCGCCUCGAUUUGCACCAAAGGUGGCACACUCUCGACGUCCGGCGCGCCCUGGAAUUGGUACGGCACACCGACCCACCCACUUGGAGACCACUCGCUCGCCAUGUCAUCUUUCGCAAGCUCAUACACAAUUCCUGUCGUCGUCAGGCAAAAGACGGACAAGCCAAAGUAUACAUUCGGCGCCACGGAAAAGUCCCGACAAGGGGUCGGAGCUGGCGGGAGGGGUACCCAUUGUGGCCAUCCCAGCGACGUUGAUGCCGAGUCGGACUCGAGAAUGCGCCCGGUGCCGUCUUCCAAACCAAACACGAGCGACGUCAUCGAGUACGGCAUGUAGCAUUGCUCAAUCUUGGCGACGCGGGUGCUUCCCAAUGGAAUCCGACGAACAAACCGUCCCAUCCCCGUUUCCAUCAUUCGAUAUGCCAUCCCAUCGAGAUCGCGGACGUAAACUUGGCCGGAUUUGGGACCGCUAACGAGUUGGCUCACGUUCGUCGCGUACAAUGCCCAGUCGGACCACGUCCCAAAGAUGUCUUGGACCCGGCGGUACGCAGUCGAAUUGCUCGUCAAACCAAACAGCUCCUGGACCACAAGGACGCUGUCAUAGACUGGCGAUCGGCCGUCGACAGGCAGCAGGCGGGGUGAGGGUGUCUGUGCUAGUUGGCGCAGGCGAGACGAAGGUGCCGCCGACGUGGCGGUGGUCCAGUCACCAGUAGACUCUUGAUCCAUGGUCCACAACGAGCCGUGCAGGUCGAGGAAGAACAACGUGUUGACGGCGGUCGCCCGCGGCAUCGAACUCAACUCAAACGUUUGCACAUGUGAAGCAAUCGGCGACCAGGAUGUAACCCCGACGGAUGCGGCGCUGCGCACUGUUUCUAACGUGGCCACUAGGAGGUACUGAUUCGAAUCCAAAAUGACCAGGACAAACGUGUUGUCGAUUCCUCGAACCACCCCAACGUGCACUGCCUCGUUCUCCAAGUGCUUCCAUGGCAGCCAUCCAUUGGGAGUUUCAAGUCGCGCCCACACACUCGAGUCGACGGCACUGACACCACAAACACAUCUGUAGCCGUCCCGACUCGUUCCAAUGCUGAUCGUGCGAAAGGUGGGGUCGUUUUCAACUUGGCUGGGUUGGAGAACAUUCCACGUGCUCCACACGCCACGUACUUCGGUGGAUUCCCACAUCGUUCCGUUUGCCAUAAUCGACAUGACUUGGUGGUUGCCAUCUGCAUCGGCAGUGGCGACUGCAUCGAUCACAUCUCCAUCAAAGGUCCACCAGCCAAGCGCGUCCCGCGACGUCACUGCCAGUUUGUGGGACGUUGUGAUGGCGUACACCCGCCACGAUCCGGCAACAUCGCGGCUGCUCGCUAGCUUGGUCACAUGCGACACCCCAGACAAGGAUUGCCACUCGUGCCACGUCCGCGACUCGGCAUCCUCUUGCAUCUGAUACACGUGUCGAUCGGGGCCGACUGCAAACAUCACGUUCAAGUCUCGGUCGUUGGCGGUGCCGAUCACGUGGCGAACGCCAAAGCCGUACGGGCAGCUCCACUCGGUCCAGUUGCCGCCGUCGACUGCAGUGAGCAUGUAUACCUUGCCCCUGUCCGUUCGUGCGUACAGUCGGUGGAGAAGGCUGUCCACCACCAUGGCGACCGCUGCCGUGACGAGCACCAGGCGAACGGCCAGGCCGCUCACGCCCCACAUCAG